AUGACCUCUGCCAGCGAUGCUAGACCCGGUUCCUCUUCUAGUGAUAUCUUAGAGAUUGAUCCCACUUUUGCCAGUGGACUCGGACUAGAUCAGAAGCAAAAAGUAACAAUUGUGAUCCAUGCUGAUCCGCCUCAAGCUCAUACGGUACACUUGGAUCCAGUGACCAACUCAGAUUGGGAGAUCGUAGAAACUCAUGCCGAGUUUUUGGAGUCAUGGAUGAUUAAUCAAGUACGUGCUGUCAGCAAAUUACACACUAUCACUGUUUACCCUUCACCUACAAGUGUAGCUACCUUGGCUGUCGUGAAAAUAGAACCUGAACCAGCAGGUGGAUUUGCCUUUGCUCAGCUAUCACCUAACUCCGAGGUGAUAAUUGCACCAAAGGUUGCCAAAAAGGAAAAAGAGCAAUCAAAACUUAUUGGUGGAAACAACUCAGCUGCAUCUGGAACGCAUUCUGGAGGUAAACAAUCUGGUAGAGCUGCUCCAAACGUUCUUUUAAGAGGUGUCAGCCUUCCUCACCCAUCUUAUAGCGACCUCAAUGCUGCUUCUCAAAAGUAUACCAUGGAGGUCUAUGCUGACCCUGAUUCUGUUCUUUAUCCCUUGCGUGGUGCGGAAUAUGUUAGUGUUAGUGUCAUUACACCUACUGGCGUACAAAGUGGUAAUGCUAACCAAAAUACGGUACCCGGAGUCAAUAGUACUGCAGCCAACACAGCCAACAAUGGUACGGGUAGUAAUGUUACUGGUGCUAAUUCUGCUACCACUGCAGCUCUGGGUGAAGAUACAAAUGAUAUUCCAUCUGCAACCUCAGUAGUUGCUAAACUGGUUAGUUAUAGAAAUGGACCUCACGGACAUGUUGGGCUCUCGUAUGCUCUAAGUGUGGCACUUGGUAUUUCUGAUUCUGUUGGAAAUGUAAUUCGCCUUGAACCGGCUCAAAAACCGCUGUCCAAAGCUCCCUCAAAACUAUCUAUACGUCCUAUUGUGACCGUCAGCGCCCCAAACUCUCUUAAACUCAAGUCAGCUUCGUCGCAGGACGAGUCCAGUGCUGGUGACAAGAAACUAGAUCAAGUCAAAAAACUACUGGACCAAGUGUCACUUUUAACAAACAGUGGUAGCCCUAUUACCAACUUCAUGCAAUUACCACCAAUUGGAGAUGAAUUGCCUUUGGGGUGUCUUGUUGAAUUUGAUACCGAGACAUCGCAUUCUACAAGCACAUCUCCUAUCUGGUUUAAUGUCAGUACAAAGUCAUCUUCAAAAUUGCCAACAAUUGCAUUAGAAUCAGAGGUGGUUCGCCCUGAGUCGUCUAUAGCUCCACGUUUACAAACAUUGUUGGAGCCUCGUUCUGUUUCUAGGCCCAUUGUUGGAGUAGACCAGUUUCUGUCAGAUGCCAAUACGGCAGUGAGAAGUGGAAACAAGGGAACCCUUGUUUACGGCACACGGGUGUCUGGUAAGACAUCUGUCCUUCGGGAAGUCCAAUCACGUCUCAAGGAAGAUUUUGUUCAUACAAUCUGGUUCCCGUGUGCCGUACACGCAGAAAAGCAAGUUCAUUCACUCAAGGAAACUUUACGCAAACUAUUCCUUGAAGCUGCUUGGUACUCGCCAAGCGUCAUUAUUCUCGAUGAUUUGGAUAAACUUAUUCCAGCAGAGAUUGAACAUGCGGAUGCUACCAAAACUAGACAGCUUGCUGAAGUGUUCAAGUUAUUGACAGAGUCUACUGUAUCUGUCCGCAAUGUCAGUAUUCUCGCUUCCUCAGUCACCAAAGAGAGUCUGCACUCUUCUUUGAUUACCAAUCACAUUUUUGAAGAAAUUUUGCAUUUGAAAUCGCCUGACAAGUAUGUCCGAGAAACUAUUUUAAACCAGGCAGUUGCUAGCUUGGGUUUAGUGAAAGACCCCAGUUUUGAUAUUCUGGAGGUUGCAGGUAGCACUGAAGGAUACCAACCUGGUGACCUUUGGACUUUGGUCGAAAGAGCUAAUCACGAGACCCUAUUUGAAAGGAUCGAGGCAGGACAUUAUGGCACUGUAGCAGAAAAUGGGUCUGCUAAUGGCAGUGAUGCCCCAGGCUCGACUAUUAACCAGUCGCAUUUUGAUGAUGCCAUGAAGGACUUUGUACCGUCAUCACUUAGAGGAGUCAAGUUACAAAAAUCCAGUGUUUCCUGGUCAGAAAUCGGUGGACUCCGAGAGACCAAAAAAGUUAUUCUCGAGACUUUGGAAUGGCCGACCAGAUAUGCUCCUAUCUUUGCGAACUGUCCGCUCCGUUUGAGAUCUGGUCUGUUGCUGUAUGGAUAUCCAGGUUGUGGAAAAACACUCCUUGCCUCUGCAGUCGCAGCCCAAUGUGGACUUAAUUUUAUUUCUAUCAAAGGACCUGAGAUAUUGAAUAAGUAUAUUGGUGCCAGUGAACAGUCUGUUCGAGAUUUGUUCGAUCGUGCUCAGGCAGCAAAGCCAUGUAUUUUAUUUUUUGACGAGUUUGACUCAAUCGCACCAAAAAGAGGUCAUGAUAGUACAGGUGUUACUGACCGAGUAGUCAAUCAAAUGCUUACUCAGAUGGAUGGUGCCGAGGGUCUUGAUGGUGUUUAUGUAUUGGCAGCUACCAGUCGGCCAGAUUUGAUUGAUUCUGCGUUGCUCCGUCCUGGACGUCUUGAUAAGUCACUGAUUUGUGAUAUGCCUGAUUUGGAGGAUCGGUUGGACAUUCUUCGUGCUGUUCAAGGUGAUAUGAAGCUGUCUGAAGAUGUGGACCUACAAUCGGUAGCUGAGCAGACUAGCGGAUACUCUGGAGCAGAUCUUCAGGCUCUCUUGUAUAAUGCUUACAUGGAGGCUAUUCAUGAAGUCGUCGAUGUAGACCUUAACUUGGACGAUAAUAGUGCGACUGCCAAUGGCUCUGCUGAUUCAAACACAUUGGCUAAGACGAUUGACUUUUUCGAAAUUGACCCUACCUCUCCUGCUACAAACGGUAAUGCUGUUACGAGUCGUCAUGAUGCUAGCAAACGGGCAGAGAUGUCUAAAAAGCUCGAGGUCAUCAUGGGUUCGACUGAGGUCAACGCUUCUCAGACGAAAGACAUUGCUGCUUCUGGGGCCUCUUCCAAGGCCUCAAAUAAUGUUGUCAUUCUCCCUAGGCAUAUAGCCAAAUCUCUUGCCGAAACUAGCCCAUCUAUUUCACUCAAGGAACGCAACAAACUCGGGGCAAUCUACCACCAAUUCGUGUCUGGUCGUAGUGGAGAGAUGCCCAGUGGAACACCUAGUACUGAUAUCGGCGGCAGAGCCACUUUAAUGUAA